AAAUAUGGCGGGUCAACUCAAGAGAGCAUCCUAUCUUAAAAUUGCCCGUCUAUUAUUUAAAGAUGAAAUUUCAUUUUGUCCAGUAUUUUUCUUCUCGGAUAAUAUAUCAGAUGAACUGAAAUAUAUCAUUUAUGUACGCAAAAUAGAAAAUAUAUUUGUUUCAUAUUCCAAUAACUUCACUUAUGACUUAUGGUAACACUUACACUUACUUACACUGGUUACCCUGCUACCGCCUACUAAACUUACUGUGGUGAUUCUUUAUUCGGUAAAUGUGAAGAGAUAGCACCGCGUUUUUUUUAUAAUGGCGAACUUAUGUCCUAAAUUUUUAUACCGAACCCUAAAUUUAUCCCUAACCUGGGUUUUGACCCUAUCCUAACCAGGGUUUUGACCCUGUGUGAACCAGGGUUUUGAAGGGACAAAACACCCAAAAAUGACUUCAAGGUUCCACUAUGAACUUUAACAAGUCAAAAUUCAGAGCCAAACUUAUUGAUGAGCAUCUUCAAGAUAUACUGAGGGUCUCAGUUGCUUCCUCACUCAAGGCACUCAAACCAAAGUUGCUCAGCUGUGUAAGAAGUGCUGCCAGGUCUCUGGCAACAAUGACAAUGAGUAGGAGGAUAAAAGUGAAGCCUAGUUCUUGAGAACUCUAAAUGUUUUUAUUUCUUAUUUAUAAAGGUUGGGCAGAUUGUAACAGUUGUACUUUAAUAAACUUGUAAUCUUUUUUUUUUGUGGAAUACGUUAUGCUGACCAGUCUCAAUCACUCUACCUUCUGCAGCCCCUGGAUGAGUUGAGUUUGAGACCCCUGCUCUAAAAGAGGUCCGGUUAAAAAUGGGGACGCCUGCCUUUUUUUAAUCGAAUUUCACGAAUGUAUCCCUAACUCGAUCCCUAUGCCUAACCUGAACCCUAAAUUGAUCCCUAUGCCUAACCUGAACCCUAACUCGAUCCCUAUGCCUAACCUGAACCCUAAAUCGAUCCCUAAAUCUAACCUAAACCCUAAUUCACUGCAACUAUAAUAAAGACACAAAAGACACUGUGCCAGAGGUCCUUAUUCCAGGCUUGACCCCCAGUUGGGUCAUUGGCCUGUUAGGUUGUGGCUUGGUAGAGCCUUGUCUAGCAAAAUAAUAAACAGCUCUAUCUUGUGUGGGGAUCCCUGCAUGUUCUGGGAUUCAUUGAAGGGCCACUUCACCUCCAUGGUUCUGUAAACUAUGUCUCGUACGAGUUCCAAAAUUGCAUUGGCCAUUUUUGGGUCCAAAGAGCACCUCUUCACAAUUUCAAGAGCACAUUGUGAGCCGGUGAAGACUUUAACCACAGCAUCUUUUAUAGGACUUGAUAGUUUGAAGUGCAGGAGGUUGUUAAUUUUGCAUACUGUAGCAUAUAGUGGUUGGGGAGGGGAGGUGGGUUUGGCAGAAAGAACGUACAUUUAAUUAUUAUCCUGAAUUUCUUACACCUUAAUAGUAGGCCAAAAGUUUAAAAUGACUUUCGGCUGAAACUGAAAAAAUGCCGAAAGUUAAAAUUGACUUUCUGCCGAAACUGAAAAUGAAAUAAUUAGAUAUUUUGAAAUUUGUUCCCGCACACAUUCUGCAUAAUGCAUACAUCAAAAAUGAUGGGGGAAAGUAUAAAUAUUUACAUUCUUUUUAUAAAAAAUGAGAUAAUCGUGAAUAUUAAUAAAUAAACAUCUAAUAUUAGGGUCUCAAACUCGCGGCCCGCGAGCCAUUUGUGACCUGCAAGACCAUAUUUUGCGGCCCGCUUCAUGACAGAAAGGUUUAGUGUUAAUGAGCCGGCGCGUUUCCCCCAUUCUCAUAUCUCUAACGUGACUCUCCGCGACGUUUUCAGUUGAAUCUCACCAACUAGUCUAAUUCUGAUUUUUUAAAUUGUUUCUAUAUAUUUUUGUAUGAUGAUUAUAAUGGUAAGAACCAUUUUAAAAUCGGAAUAAAAGUUUUUGUUUUAUAGCUUUUUAUGAGACAAACAUGGCAAAGAGUUCGGUUUUGAGAAAAGUUUUUAAAAGUAAGUUGGCGGGUAAUGCACAACCAUAAUUGUGUAAAUCGUAGCAAUCUGAUACAUUAUCAAAGGAUCCCUAUUAAAAUUGCCGCUAGUGUUUACGAGUGAGGUAAAUUCCGAGCCUGUCAGCUUGGUCACUUUCUAAAUCUUCUUCUUACCGUAUGCCUUUUUACCCAGUCUGGGUCUGUGCAUUUUUUAGACUUCAAAACACGGACAGCCACUUUUCAGCUUUUUGCUGACCCUUUCUUCUUUAAUGUGCAAGAUGCCCCGCUCGGGAGCUGAAUGGAAAAACAGACAAGCAUGGACAUUUUAUUGCAUUGCCCUCCACCUUCCCUAAAAUUGUUAGGUUGUUCAAGCGAAUCAUACGACUUUUUGUGAGUACAUAUCUGUGUGAAUAGCUCUUUUCCACUAUGCUCUUUAACAAGUCAAAAUUCAGAGCAAAACUUACUGAUGAGCAUCUUCAAGCUAUACUGAUGGUCUCAGUUGCUUCCUCACUCAAGGCACUCAAACCAAAGUUGCUCAGCUGUGUAAGAAGAAGCGCUGCCAGGUCUCUGGCAACAGUGACUAGGUGGAAGAAAGUGAAUCCUAUUUCUUGAGAACACUUAAUGUUUUUAUUGUUAUUUAUAAAGGUUGAGCUGAUUGUAACAGUUGUAAUUGCUUUUUUGUGGAAUACUUGAUGCGGCCCAGUCUCACUCAUACACUACCUCCUGCGGUCCCCCUGAUAAUUUGAGUUUGAGACCCUUGAUUUUAUGAAUACUUUGGAUUUUACCAUUUUAAUAUUACAAUUAAUUUAAAUUGCUUUACAAUUUGUUAAAAAUUAGUAUGGUAGGAGAAAAUUUGGCAAAAAUGGCGGGGGGGGGGGGGGGGGGGGGUUGGGGAGUUAAUGCAAAAUAGACUCUUGAGUGCCUUUGCUUUUAUAAUAUAAUAACAACCUAGAACAUAUACCUACAACAAUUAUUGUGGCUCUAAUAGAGCCAAUUGCCACCUAAAUAUCUGUUAUUGAGGCUAUAAAAAUAUCACCACAAUGUUUCGAUGUUUUUGUAAUACUAAUGCUUUGUGUUUUCAUUAAUAGCUUGAAAGAUAUCACUGUAUUAAUAUUCAACCUAGUAACAACACACUAGUCUUUCCGUGCUGUUUACGUAAUUAUUUCGUUCAAGACUAACCUCCCUCACUCCCAUUGGUGGUGAAAAUUAUUUUUUUAAACCGAGUCUCUUAAAAUUGUUGUUCUGAUCAUGGUUCUAAAAGAUCACCUUAAUUUGUUCUUAAAGAUCGCUUAGUUUAAUCUUAAAGAUUGCUUAAUUUGUUCUUAAAGAUCGCUUAGUUUGUUGUUAAUGAUCGGUCAGUUUGUUCUUAAAAAACGAUGAGUUUAUUCAUAAAGAUCGCUUAGUUUGUUCUAAUAGAUUGCUUAGUUUAAUCUUAAAGAUUGCUUAAAUUUGUUCUUAAAGAUCACUUAGUUUGUUGUUAAAGAUCGUUCAGUUUUUUGUUAAUGAUCGCUUUAUUUGUUCUUAAAGAUCGGUUAGUUUGUUCAUAAAUAUUGCCUUGUUUGUUGUUAAAGAUCGCUUAGUUUAAUCUUAAAGAUUGCUUAAUUUGUUCUUAAAGAUCGCUUAGUUUGUUGUUAAAGCUCGUUUAGUUUGUUCAUAAAGAUCACUUAGUUUGUUCUUAAAGAUCAUUGAUUUUGUUCUUUAAAAAAAGCUUAGUUGUUCUUAAAGAUCAUUCAGUUUGUUCUUAAAGAUCAUUUAGUUUGUUUUAUAUAUCUUUUAGUUUGUUAUUAAAAAUCGUUCAGCUUGUUCUAAAUAUCGCUUAUUUUGUUGUUGAAGAUCGCUUAGUUUUUUCAAAAAUAUCGCUUAGUUUGUUCUUAAAGAUAAUUGAUUUUGUUCCUUAAGAUCGAUUAGUUUGUUCUUAAAGAUCUUUUAGUUUGUUCCUAAAGAACAUUUAGUUUUCUGUUAAAGAUCGCUUAGUUAAUUCUUAUAAAUCAUUUAGUUUAAUAUUAAAGAUAAUUUGUUUUGUUCUUAAAGAUCAUUUAGUUCGUUCUUAAAAAUCUUUAAGUUUGUUCUUUAAGAUCGUAUAGUUUGUUAUUAAAGAUCGCUUAGAUUGUUCUUAAAGACUUUUAAUUUGUUCUUAAAUUAAGUUAAAUGUCACUUAGUUUGUUGUUAAAUAUCGUUUAGUUUAUUCUUCAAGAUCGCUUAAUUUGUUCUUAAAGAUCGUUUAGUUUGUUCUUAAAUUUCUUUUAGUUUGUUGUUAAAUAUCGCUUUCGCUGAGUAUUAGAUGACCGAAAACCUCAGUCACUUUCGACCGGAUGGCCGAAAGUCUAAGUCAAUUUCGUCUGAAACCGGAAAAACGAAAGUUAACUUUUCAGUUUCGGCUUAAACCGAUACUUGGCCAAAAGUGAUAAAAUGGCCACUUUCGCCGCCGAAGCCGAAAUUGGGUCGGUCUUUACUUAACACAUCUAACAAAUCCGACUUAACCUAAAAAUUUGUGAAAUCAAUGAUAUUUAAUUAUUGUUAACAUAUAUUUGUAUUUCAAUAUAUGGGGAAAAAUAAAGUGGUUAACCUGAAACAUAAAUCAUGGUUUAACAUUCUACUCCUCCUCCCCCUCACCUCCCUGACGGGCCAAUAUUUUCGCCACUCAAUGUCCAGAAAAACUUUCCAGUUAGCUCAAAAUGGCGAUCUAUAUUUAAAGAAAAAAAUGAUGCUCAUAGCGGAUUGCUUUUCCGACCCCUUAUCCCAUGCCACGCUCCCAGAGACUAUUAUAUGUCAUCCAAUAAUCUACAAUUUGCCUCCCGGUGGGGGGUACGCCACAAGUUAGGAUAUAAAAUGCGCUUUACUUAUGAAGAGAUCAGAUAUGACCAAUAAAUAUGAAGAAAUGUUUUGCUCUUUACAAGUACUUUGCUACAAAACUGGGGAACUUACCCAAUAUCUUCCUCCAACGUCUCACUACGUAUGAUAAACAAGGCAUUACAGUCGAACUCGCUUAUUUCGACCUCGGUUAACUCGCCAACCUUGUUAUUUCGACGUUUUUGAAGUGGCACCGCCAAAUUCUCUCUUUAUCUUAGCGUUUUUCUCCUCAGUUAUGUCGAUUAUUUUAUGUCGCCGAAGCCUGAUAUCUCGAGCACAAAAGGCGGCCAAAUUUGCCACUUAACCUCAGUUAUCUCAAUCCCCAUGACCAAUGGCCGGCUUUUGAAAAUUAUAUUCAACAGAAAUGUGCCUAAACUGUAGUAAUUGAAAUGAAAUGACAAUAUUGUUAUCCCCACAAUUAACUUGACACAGCAAGAAGUGAGGAGCGAGAGGCUUGCAAACAAAAGAGAGAGGUCGUGGUACCUGUUCUAUUUAUAGCGAACCCGUUUGUUGCUAAAUACAGGCUUUCACGCGUCCGUACAUGGUGAUUUUUUUUGAAAACUCAGAAUCAGUAUGUGAAUAAACUGAACUGGCAAAUCCGUAGCCAGAGAAAAUAAAAACUUGUGAGUACUUUCUUGACUUUAAUUACACUCCAGCCAUUUUCACAUAAGGAAUGUGUCAGAUUUGAUUAACUUACUUUAUUUUAUGUACAGAAAGGAGGUGGUGAGCUGAUUAAUAAUCCUCUAGAAGCUACUGUGCUGUGAGUAUUUUAUUUAUUCAAGUAGAACUGUUAAACAUUUUUAAUUUUGAUCUUGACAAAAGGUAUUAAUUACUCAAGUAAGCAUUAUAGAAAACCAUGUUAGGCUAGCUUAGUGUAUGUACAUGUAUUUAUUAGUUAAAUUUCAUGAUUUAAAAAAAAAUAUUAGAAAUUUGAAAUAUGUUUGAAAAUAGUGCAUAUAGAUUUUAAAAGAUAGAUUCUUGGAGAUUUUGCUUAAGCAUGCAUAAAGUAGGGGGGGGGGGUCUUGGCAGAAAAUUCAUACAUUUAUUCACAAAUUUUGCAAGCAUUUUCCUGACAGUCCAUAAGUAGCAUAUUUAUAUCUAUAAUGCUGUAAAAAUAUCGCACACUGUUUUGUAGGAAUUAUCGUAGUAUUGUUGCUUAGUGUUUUCAAACGUGAACUCGCUACUCUCGUUGUAAGUCUACUCAAUAGUAAUUUUUAGUUCACCGCAUGUCCCUAGUGUCUAUGACAUACUUUGCUACGCCAUUAGUUCCUAGAAUUUUUUAUUCCUGGCGCCCUUGCCAAAGUUAGGUUUGCACCAGGUGCCCUGUGCUAACUUCUUACAAGUACACUUUGAAAUAGUCAAAUUAAUACAUUUUAGAAAUAGUAAUAUGAAGAGUUGAAUAAAUAAACUUGUAAGAUAUGUACGUCACUAAGUGUUAUUUAGUAACUGCAAACAGCUAUUAGUACUCAAGUGAGUUACCGUUGACACAUGCUAUACAUUGGCAUUGUGCCAGUGUGGAAUCUGCGGCUACCCGGGGCAAGGCCGUGUUGAGAAACUGCUGUGCCUACGGUGAAUCCUGUACGUGGUAUCCCUUUAUUUGUUUGACAUCAAAAUUAUCUUUAAUUUAUUUAUUUUUUGGUGUGGGGGGGGGGGUGAAAGGUCAUUGUGCAUACGCAUCUAUAAGGAGGGAUGUUCAAAACAGUAUGGGUGUGUUAGUGUGGAUGGAGGGUAAAAUUUUGACUUUUUUUCGGUACAUACGAUAUGAAUGACUCUUAGUUGUCUUGGACGUUUUCUAUGUUUAGAAAGAAGGAAAUAUCUCUCAGACUGGAUGUUUUCAUUUUUUAUUACAGAGAAGUUGCUUUUUGUUUCUUCAGGCUUUGUGAGACAAGAACUGACAAUAGAAUUAAUAAGGGCUAUUUGCCUACUGAUUUCAUUGUGGAUUGUGUGAAGAGAGGUACAUUUCUUGAUAUUGAGAAGUACAGGUAACUUUGUUCAUUAAGAGAAGCUCUUCAAAUUAUUGAUGAAUGAUUUUGAUUCUAGUUUAUGCAAUUAAUACUAAAAAUUUGAUAAAAAAUAUUUCAUACCUUUCCCUCCCCUGUCAGUGUCAGUUUUCACAGUUGCAAUUUAGAUUUAACAAGAUAAAUUACACUUUUCACAACCUCUUUAUUUUUAUAUUUUGACAUAUAUUUUUUUUUGCAUCAUUUUAGUUUAUUUGACUAGCUUGAUAGAAUCUUGAUCUUAGGAGAGAUAAAAAAAAAACAUUACGAUGUCACACAAAUGUAGGACAGCAAAAUUUAAUUAUUCUAUAAAAACUUGGCUGGCAGUGGUACAAAUAAGAAUGCUUUUUUUAAAUUGAGAACUUCAAACAUUUUUGUGUGCAUUUGAGCAAAUUUAAUCCAGUACUUAAAAACAGAAUUCUCAAUUCCAUAGCGAAGCCUUUUGAAAGAAAUUAAAGUGCAACAGUUCCUAUUUUAGCAGAUUUAAUACCUACAGGACUUCAACGUAAAGAACCUGUCUACUUUCCCUCUUUGAAUUUAGUGGUUGGGAGUAGAGGCAGAUCAAAAGUGCUUUUCUGAUUUCGUCCGAAACCAAAACUAGGCUGAAAGUUAAAAAUGACUUUCAGCCAAAACCAAAAGCUUAGUGAGACUUUUGUCCGAAACCGAAACCAAAAUUUUAAAGACACUUUCGGCCGAAGACAAAAAUGAUAUUUAGAUAUUUUGAAAUUCGUUCACGCAUACAUUCUGCAUACAUGGAAAAUGAUGGGGGAAAGUAUCAACAUUUACAUUCUUUUUAGAAAAAUGAGAUCUUCUUGAAUAUUAAUAAAUAAAUAUCCAAUACAGGGGUCUCAAACUCACAGCCCAUGGGCCAUUUGCGACCCCACAAGACGAUACUUUGCGAUCCACUACAUAAAAGCAAAGUUUAGUGCUAAUGCGGCCGGCGUGUUUUCCACAUUCUCAUAUCUAUAACGUGACCCUCCGUGACAUUUUCAGUCGAAUUUCACUGACUAUUCUCAUUCUGAUUUUUAUUAUGUUUCUAUAUAUUUGUAUGGUGAUUAUAAUAGUAAAAAUCUUUUUUAAAUCAGACUAAAAGUUUUUAUUUUAUAGCAUUUUAUGAGACAAACAUGGCCAUGUGCAAUUUUGAGAUAAGUUCAAAAAAGACAGUGGUAGGUAAUGCACAACCAUAAUUGCGUAAAUUGUAGCAUACAGUAUCAAAGAAUCCCUAUUAAAAUUGCUGCUAGUGUUUACGAGUGAGGGAAUUCCAAGCUUGUCAUCUUGGUCACUUUUCAAAAUCAAAAUUCAUUCUCCCUAUAUUAGCAUUAUCAUUUGAACCAAUAAUUCAUAAAUGCUCCUGCCUACUGUUUAAACACGUGUUAGCAGUUAAAGCCUUCAUGGAGAAAGAUGGGGUUGUUCCUGUACUAAGUGAUCCCAAAUGACUCAUGGACUUGGCUUUUCUUGUAUACAUUACACAGGAGCUGAAUGUACUAACAAGAAGUUACAAGACCAGGUGUAGCUUAUCACUGUUGCCUAUGACAAUGUCAAGACAUUCUGCACAAAACUUGUGUUAUGGUUCUUAGAGUAACCUCUGUCAUUUUUCCAACAUGCAAAGUACUCAUGGACUCGAGCUCACCAUUCAGUAGUAACUUAGUAGUAAGUAUUCUGAUGCCAUCGCAAAGCUACAGGAAGAAUUUGAUCACAUUAUUUAGACUUCCAAACACACAGAGCCACUUUUCAACAUUUUUUGCUGACUCUUUCUCCUUUAUAAUGUGGAAGAUUGCCCCACCCAUGAUUUGAGUUUGAGACCCCUGAUCUAAUGAAUACUUUGGCCUUUACCAUUUUAAAUUCGUAAAAUUGUUGUUCUGACGGGUCUCGGCGGAGAAUCGCAAAAGACAUCUAAAUUGGUCGCCGAUAUCAUAAAAUUAAACAGGUCUGCAGUACGCCCACUACAUAAUUUUAACAUAAUUAUAAUACGAACCUGUGAUACAUGCACACAUAUGUUAUUUCGUCAAUAACAUUGUUUAUGAGCAUGAUAAUGAUGAAUUUCAAGAAAUUAAUGGUUUGAAAAAGGCCUAAGUUUCCUUUAUUUUUUAUUUUAAAAAAUAUAAAAAUAAAAAUAAUGGAAAUAUUACCAUUCCCUAGGAUUAUGCCAUAUUAUUCACCUUUGCUUAUGACAACAUUGAUGAGCAUGAUAAUGAUAAAUCAAAAUGAAUAUCACAAAUGAAGGAAUUGAAUAAACCUAGGGUUCCAUAUUUUACUUUUGAAAAAAAAUUAAAACAAAAAUAGGGAAAUAAAAUAUUACUAUACCAUUAGUUUUUCUUCCACAAAACUGUUGACACUUGCUUAGGGCUCAUUGAAAUAUAAUGUUCUGGAAAUAUAGGACAAGUAGAUCAUCAUUCAUCAUGCAGCUGUGGGCAGUUUUCGCUGAGUAAUAGUUAUAUAACAUGCGAUGACAGGAAGACGUCGAGCAAUAAUGAAUAUCGGAUCGUCGGCCUAAAGACCUACAGACAGUCUGACUUCUGGAAGAUGACCGAAAACCUCAGUCACUUUCGGCCAGAUGGCCAAAAGUCUCAAUCAUUUUCGGUCGAAACCAAAAUUAAACCUAAAGUUAACCCUUCUGUUUCGGCCAAACCCAAAAUUAAGCCGAAAGUUAACUUUCUAUUUUGUCCAAAACCGAAACUAGGCUGAAAGUGAUCAAAUGACCACUUUCAGCGCAGAAACUGAAGUUGAAAUUCGGUCGGUCUCUAGUUGGGAGCAGGGAGAGACAGUUUGGUCCAGAGACUAUCUAUAUUCAAUUUUAUUAAAGAGCUGAGCCCAGAAUAUGUGGGUGGAUGUCAGAGACAAGUCAUAGCUAGAAAUAGUUAUAUAGUUACUGUUAUAAAUAUUUUUUUAUAUUUUAAGACAGGAAACUCUUGGACUCCAGGCAUCAACUUCCAAGGCAUAUUCUGAAAUUUCAGAAUCAGACAGUGAUGAUCAAGGAUGGAAUGCCAUUAAAUUUACUGAGUCAUCGCGGAUCAGAGUGAGGAAAAGGGAUAUGGCCGGGUAAUUCAACUACAUAGCUAUUGAUGUCAAAUAACAUUUUAGUAUGAACAACUGAGCUUCAAAAUAAUGUUUACUGUUAAUUUUGGAAUGGUAACGGUAUCUGGAAUAUUAAUUUAUGUGGUAAUUUUUAUUGUUGCAUGUAGUUUUCAGUAGCUUAUUGAAAAAAAUUAUUAUAGCAUUUAUAGAAAACAGAUUUAUUUAAUCAUGAAUACUCAUGACAAUUUUUAUAUUAAUAUGUGAUGUUAUUUUUCUUUAACAUAUGCUAAAAAACUUCUCACAAAUUAGACAAUAUUGCCUAAAAAAUGUGUACACAAGGAUGAUACCAUUGACUGUUUUAAAAAAACAGAAGGUUUCAAACACAAAAACAGCAACAUGUGUCAGCUGACACAAACAGCAGAAGAAAAGAAAAAAUUAAGUCAUCUUAAGGCCGAAAGGUAUAUAAAUUUGAGAAAUAGUUAAAAAAAACCCACAGUUUUUCAUGUUUUUUCACGAACAUAUGAUAGGUAUUAUAUGUGGCACAUUCAUUUUUGUAGAAUUUCUGAGUGGUUGGCAGCUGUGUAGCUUUAAUCUGUUAUCAAAUUAUAAAAGUUAAAGGCGCUCUUUUUCACUUUAUAAAUAAUUAUUUGCAGCCGCAAGAAGUAUACUCAAAAUGAUGAUAUAAAGAUCAUGAAGCAUCUAAUAAAUCACAACCAAUAUUCUCAGACUGGUGGGAAUCUUGUGUGGAGAACGAUGGAAUCUGUAAAGGUCAGUGUAGUCAAAUUUAAUGAAAUGUAAUUAUUCAAGGUCAUUGAUGCUCAAGAUGUUUUCAUUUUUGCAAACAUCAAAACCAAGGGACUGAAAAAUGGCACUGAUAUAAAUACAAACGAUGCCAAUGAUAGAAAUACAAACGAUACCAAUGAUAAAAAUACAAACGAUGCCAAUGAUAUAAAUACAAACGAUGCCAAUGAUAUAAAUACAAACGAUGCCAAUGAUAUAAAUGGGGCGCCACAGAUGACAUGAAAAUCUAUACUCUGUGUAAAAUUAGCAAAAUUAAUUUAUUUAGUAAUUUUGAAAAAAAGACAGGAAAAUUUCUGUAUUGAGUUAUAGCCCUUUGGACAAAGUUAUGUCCCUUCCAUGGAGCUAUGGCCUUUUGAUUAUGCAUUUGAGAAAGUAUACAUCAAAAUUAGGUAAGCUGCAGUGGUUUAAUAAGAUUUUUUUUGGGGUGCUUUUCCUUGAAUUGCUUAAGAUUUCUUCAAGUCUUAUUUCUUUUUAAAAGGUAACUGAACACACCUCCCAAAGUAUGAGGUCAAGAUUUCUCAAGACUAUACUUCCAAACAUAAACUCCUAUAACAUCCCUGCUGAAUGGAAAGCCAAAUUAACAGGUAAAGUUUGUACAGACUUGAGCAAGGGUUAGCACACUUUUUUUUAAUGAUGGCCAGUAAGAAAUCCUCAUGCUCUGGGGGCCAGAUUGUUGUUGUGAACUAUAUUUAGGAGCGUGAAUGUUGGUAUGGAAAGUUGUUGACCGUGCAGGGUUUUGCGAGUUGUAGGUCGUGGGCUUAGAUUGUGGUUUUGUGUUGGUGUAUGCUGAGUGUUUGUUGUGAGUUGAGAAGAAAGUAGUCUGAGGAAAGGGAGUAGUGUGUUGGUGUAUGCUGGGUGUUGUGAGUUGAGAAGAAAGUAGUCUGAGGACAUGGAGUAGUGUGUUGGUGUAUGUUGGGUGUUGUGAGUUGAGAAGAAAGUAGUCUGAGGACACGGAGUAGUGUGUUGGUGUAUGCUGGGUGUUGUGAGUUGAGAAGAAAGAAGUCUGAGGACAUGGAGUAGUGUGUUGGUGUAUGCUGGGUGUUGUGAGUUGAGAAGAAAGUAGUCUGAGGACAGGGAGUAAUGUGUUGGUGUAUGCUAGGUGUUGUGAGUUGAGAAGAAAGUAGUCUGAGGAUAUGGAGUAGUGUGUUGGUGUAUGUUGGGUGUUGUGAGUUGAGAAGAAAGUAGUCUGAGGACAUGGAGUAGUGUAUUGGUGUAUGCUGGGUGUUGUGAGUUGAGAAGAAAGUAGUCUGAGGACAGGGAGUAGUGUAUUGGUGUAUGCUGGUUAUUGAGAGUUGAGAAGAAAGUAGUCUGAGGACAUGGAGUAGUGUGUUGGUGUAUGCUGGGUGUUGUGAGUUGAGAAGAAAGUAGUAUGAGGACAGGGAGUAGUGUGUUGGUGUAUGCUGGGUGUUGUGAGUUGAGAAGAAAGUAGUCUGAGGACAUGGAGUAGUGUGUUGGUGUAUGCUGGGUGUUGUGAGUUGAGAAGAAAGUAGUCUGAGGACAGGGAGUAGUGUGUUGGUGUAUGCUGGGUGUUGUGAGUUGAGAAGAAAGUAGUGUGAGGACAUGGAGUAGUGUGUUGGUGUAUGCUGGGUGUUGUGAGUUGAGAAGAAAGUAGUAUGAGGACAGGGAGUAGUGUGUUGGUGUAUGCUGGGUGUUGUGAGUUGAGAAGAAAGUAGUGUGAGGACAUGGAGUAGUGUGUUGGUGUAUGCUGGGUGUUGUGAGUUGAGAAGAAAGGAGUCUGAGGAUAUGGAGUAAUGUGUUGGGUUAUGUUGGAGUGGCAGUCAUCUUGUUUUGCUGUUAGUCUGAUAGUGGGUAGUGCAGUGCUAUUUGUCAAGAAUAAGAUCAGUGCCAUUUUUUGAACCUGUGCUUGUCAAUGUAAAUAAAGAACUGUAGUAUUUUUAUCCUGGAGUUUUGUGAUUUAGAUCCUAGGAGGGUAUUGUAACCCCUAGACAACGUGGAGUCUACUGCCCCCUCAGUAAAUGUUCAUUCUGCAGGGGUUGUUAAAUGUGGAAGGAGGAAGAUCCUAAGUCAUAAUGUUAGGAAGAUCGUCAAAUUUAAAGUGGCCUACAUGUGUGAUUUAGUAUUUUCCAAAUGUCUUUUUUAUCAAAAUGCAACAUGGCUUAAGAAAUUGGUGUUUUUCUGACAUAUACUACAUUAGUUUAAUUGAGAUUAUAAAAAAAUAUUAUUAGAUAAAAAACAUUUGAAAUACACAAUUGUCUUUUUUUCCACCUCAUUAAGAAGUAUGUAACCAGUGUUUCUGGCAAAUGACAUUUAGGCUCAAAGUGUAUACUCUAUCAUCAAAAUUUUAAGUGCUCAUCAGAUAAGGCUGCGCUGUAGUCAGAUUUUAUAUUUUUUACAAUGUCUUCUCACAAAAAUAAAUAGUGCAAAAGACUGAAAUGAAUUCACGAUAAAGGCUUUUAAACGAACAAAUUGAUCUUCACUUGAUAAUCACUAAUACUAAUAGAAGGCUACCAACAAGUUUUCCUCCAACAAGAAGCUGAGACUUCUUGAUUCUAUUGGGUGAAUAAGGUCAUAAAUUCCAUUUUCACUUGUAUAUUAAUAAUGAAAUUGUAGGUAAAAAACAAUAUAAAUUAACUUAUACGCAUCUGAAUCCGGCCCGUGGCCACAGUUUGUCGACCGCUAUACUUGAGGACCAGAUCUUCAAGUACCUUUAAUUUUUCCAUGUAAACUUAGAUCACUAGUUUCAUUCUCUAAAUUGACAUCUGAUUUUAGAUGGUUUAUUUUGGAUAGCAAUUCAUCUAUACAACACCAUAAGAUUUCUCUCUUCCUAGUUAUAUAAUCACAAAAUAUUAAGUCAAAGUGGGAACUUUUGUUACUAUAUCCAAGCAUUAUUUGUGCUGCUGUAGAAUAUUGUCAUAAUAUUCAAUGAAUUGGAAGAAUUGUAAUUGUUUGACAGAAAAAUUUAAUAACUUUUAUCCAGGUUGAAAUAAAAUGAUAAUUAAAAUAAAACUUGUUUCUGUUCAGAAUAACCUGAUCUACUUAACAAACUAGAUAAUUUGCAUAUUAUUUUUCUAAAGUGAGCCAUCAAGAGUAUCACCAUGGAGGUCUUUUCACUCACACUGUGCAAAUGAACAUUCUUACAAAUGUAUAUAUAUAUUUUUUACCAAACCUCUGUCACUGAACACCUUGAUUAACAUUGUGGCAAACGUCUCCUUAAAAAUUCUCAUGUGGCAUCUGAACUUUGUGUAAGUGGGAUAAUAGAGGGUGAGAUUUUUAUGAACUAAAAAAUGUUGUGCCAAAAAUUUAACCCAAAUUUUUCAUUGUCGACAGGUAAGGAAAUGGAAGAAAGUGAGGACAUAGAAGAAGACCCAUCAUUUAGCAACGUCGAUGAUUGGAAAAACCAAUUACACCGACUUAAGCACAAGAAAGGUAUUUUCUGUUCCAUAUUCAUUUUUUAAAAUCUGCUUUUCUAAAUAAAGUCUAAAAUUUUAACUCAUUACAUCAUUUGAUUAAAAAAUAUUGUGACUAAUCUAAAAUAACUUUUAAAUGGGGAAAAUCAUUCAGCUUAUGAGUAAAUAGGAGAAUUUCUGAUAAUGUCUUGAGUUUCAGUCUCUUAUUUAAAACUAUCGGUGAACUAUAAUUUUUUGUGUAAAUAAUUUUCCUGAUUUAGUUAACAAAAUACUUGUUAUUAAUCUAGUUUUUCCAUAUGAAUUGAGAAGCAUAAAAAUUAAAUUGGUGUCUAUUUCAAUGGAGAACAAGAUUUACAUAAUUUGUCAUUGUUGGUGUUCUAAUGUGUCUACAUUAUUGGAUUUUAUGGAAAAUGUUUUAAUAUUAAUUAUCUUACUGAAUGUCUAAAGUUGUCAUAAAAAGUAAUUAAUAUCUUUCAUUUAACAAAAUAUUAUUUCAGAUCUUCAAAAAAUAACUGCUUCAGAGGAUCACGAAAAGAAGGGUCAGAAUAAUUCAAAGGGAUCUGUUACCAAAUCACCUAGGAAAAGAAACCAAGUAGAUGAGACAAAUGAUUCAGAUGUAGAUGAUUUUUAUGCACUGGGUAACCACAGACAUAUGCAGACGUGCAAAUCCAAUAAGAUUAAGCUCAACAGCAUGUGUUCGACAUUUAUAGAAAACUCUCCUAAGAAAAGGAAGACAGCUUGGGUUGAAAGUAAAAACAAGGCUGGCACAUAUCAAUCAGGUGAUGGUGAGUUUGUCACAAAUAGCUGUGAGGUAGCUGCUAGUGAUAACCUACCAGAAUUCAGGGGUGAUGUUGCAACGAACAAGCACAAAUCCAGUCUAGUCAAGGAGUCUGUUAAAAAAAGUUUUCGAAGCAUUUGUAUCGAUGAGAGUGAAGAUGAUACCAGUUACUGUAAAUCUUCUAAUGUACAUGAACCAGAUGACCCCACAGAAUCUAAUGAUGAAAUGGAUGAAUCUACAUUGGUAGGUUUGAAACCAUCAGCUUUUAUUUCUGGCAAGUGCAAAGAUAACAGACCUUUAGAAAAUAUCAAUGUUGAUAUUGACUCCGACCAAGUGAUUGAUUUAGAUAGUGAUUUGGAUUCUGAGGAUGAAAUCGAUAAAGAGAUAAAUAAAUUUGUUGCAACACGAAAACAGAACGGAAGUCUGACUGCAAAUUCUGUUAGAGGAAAAGGUAGAAGAAAUUUGUGCUCAGAUAAUGUUUUCAUUAAUAAAGCUAGGCUUUUGAAUACUGAUGUAAAUUAUCCCAAUAAAGUAACAAAAGUUAAUAAAACCAAAGUUAGCUUUGAAUGCUUCUGUUAUUCUACUUUAAACUACCUAGACAUAGAAUUUCAAGUUCCACCGGUAUUAAGAGAGAGAAUUCUUGUGAUAGUUUGGCUCAUAUAAUUAUAGUUGAUUCCCCUGAUGAUGAAGCCUAUUAAGCAAUGUUAUUUUAAUACUGCAGAACCCAAAGCACAGUUACACAGUAGGAAAGAAAGCAAGAACACCAAAGAUGUGCAGGACAAAAUGGACACAUCUACAAAGUCAGUGAAUGAUGGUGAAAGAUUAUCACCAGAAAUUGAGUUUGUUGAAGACUCAUUACAAGGUGGACAGAAGCUAAUUAAAUUUCCAAAGGGUAGAUUAACUUUCACUAUCUCAUCUUUUAGUUGCUGAAGAAAUUGUUCAUUUUUUUCUUUACAUCACAGUUUUAUAAAAUUUAGAAAAUAGUACUGUUUGACAAUAAAAUAAAAGCUUUCAAAAAUUAAAAUAAUUAAGUUUACUUUAAUUGGAUAGUAGUAUUUGUACUAUUUCAGGGUGCAUGUAAUAAAUAUAUAUAACUAUAUUUUAAAUAUCUUUUUUUAAUUCUUCAGGGCCUAGUAGACAUUACCCUAAAGAAUUACUACUAGACAUUGAGGUAAGAUAAAGUUUUGAAUUUUAUAAUUUCCACUACCGUAAAAUGGGGUAACUUUGGCCUGUUGGGGUAACUUUGGGCCAGGGGGAGAAAAAAGAUUUAAAAUUGUAUAUUUAUUUUUUGAAUUAUUACUGGCAAUUGAAACUAAAUUGUGUCAAAUAUUAAACCAUUUCAAAAUAUUUUCAAUCAAUGUGCUGGUGUCCUAUUACAUUAGGUGCAGAAAUACAACCAUUCUUCUUUGGCAGCCAUUUUGUAUUGAUUUUUUCAAACUGCAAACUUUGUAUUUUUUCACAACACAAAAGUAAGUGUAAGUAUAAUAUAAUUAUAUAAUAUUGUGCAUAAUAAGAUGCUUUAGAUGCUAAUUAUAUUAUUUAGAUAUAAUUUUCAAGAUAAAAUAAAAUUAGGCAUGUGGCCAAUUUUACCCCAAUAAAUAUCACUACUUUGGGGUAACUUUGGCCAUGUGUUAGCCCAUUGAUUUACUUAUUUUUUUGAAACAUAUUGUUUUCACGUUAAGAAUUUGAACUAGUACUUUAUUCAGUGGAAUUUGUUGUUGUUUUUUUCCUAGGCCUUUAAAUUGAAUAUUUUGGCUCUAAUUUAGAGUACCGAUAAUCUCAAGUCGAAGAAUGGUGUUUUCACGUUAAGAAUUUGAACUAGUACUUUAUUCAGUGGAAUUUGUUGUUGUUUUUUUCCUAGGCCUUUAAAUUGAAUAUUUUGGCUCUAAUUUAGAGUACCGAUAAUCUCAAGUCGAAGAAUGGAUUUAUUUUAAUCUGUACCUUAUAUUUGUCUUAUGCUUCAGACCCAGCCAUGUCACGCACAUACAAGAAAAAGCCUGGGACCAGAAAAUAUGCCUUGUGUGAUGACGAACAACUCCAGAAGGCCUGUGACAUGAUAACAAGUGGAGCUAGUCAGAGCAUUGUGUGUGCUGAGUUAGGGAUCACGAGAAGCACUCUUCUAAUGGAUGGUAUCAGUGUCAAUGCUGGUGACAAUAUUAGGGCUGGAUUUAGAAAAUCUGGAAUUUACCCCCACAAACCUGUCCUGAAGCAUAUUCCACACAAUGAUGAAAAUGAGGACUCAGUCAACACAUCAGUUGCAGAUUCAUUCGUAUCUCACCUACAAGAGAUGCAGUUUGGCAAAGAGGAUGAGGUAACACAGAGACGUAAGCGUCGUCUGGAUGUUGAGCCUGGAAAAAGUGUUGUUGGGCCUUCUGAGGAUGAGGUUAUAGAUACUGACACACAUGAUUCUCCUUCUCCUAGCAGCACAGAGAAUGUAAUUGCAGACCAACCACAUCAUGAUCUUGCUGCUAACCUUUCUGAACAUCAGACAAGUAGUGAUUCUGAUAGUAUGGGCAACAUAUCCUUUUCUGAUUCAGAUGAAGAAUGGCUACCAGCACCUAAGAAAGGCACGUUUACUAACAUUUUUGAAAAGUUUACUAAAUGAACAUUAUCAUUCAGUGUUAAUUUUUACAUUUAAAAAAUAUCUUUUGUGGCCAAGGUAACCCUAUUUUUGUCAAACUUUGUUUUUGUAUAUUCUUUGUAUAGCCUGCCAAAGUAACCCCAUGUUGGGGUAACUUUGGCCACUAAUAAUUUUUUUAAAAUAAUAAAAAAAUUGAAGAAAUAAUCGUUUUUGAAUUAUUUGUACUUAAUCAUACUUAAUGGUAAUGCUAUAGCCCAUGAGAUAAACUAUUAAAUUCAUAAUUACAAUUACGGGUAUUGUCGAAAUAUUCAAUGUUUCACAUAAAAUGGACCAAAGUUACCCCAUUUUACGGUAUAUGAUUUGAAAAGUUAAAAACGCAGUCUUCUAUUUCUAUUUUUUGCCAUUUUUUAUAAGGUUACUGGUAAGUGUUUAAAAUUUGGAGAAAUACAAGACUUUUCAUGAUUUAUCAAAGUCAAAGCAAUUAUUGCACUUUCCUUUUGCCAAAACAUUAUUGAUUUUGUAAAAAGUUAAAAUGUAUAUCAAGUUCAAAAUGUUAAAUUUGAGGAGACUUUUAAUAGUUAUUUUUCAACAUGUUUCUAUUAUGUAAAUAAAGGCAGUCUUUCACUAAGAAUAUCUCACUGCUCCACAGUACCUGACGAAAAGAUUUGGUCUUACUAAAGCUUAUGCAGCCCAUCUUCUAAAGGCCCACAGAGGUGACAUUGUGGCCACUCUCCAAUUUUUGCGGACUUAACUAUUAACAUUCAGCUUAAUAAAAUAAAUAACUCUUGGCUAUGCAGAAAAAAUAUUUGUAUCUAAAACUGUGUCAAGGAUAAAAUAAACUAAUGGCAGCUAGUUGAUGAACUUUUAUAUGACUAUAUCCUUAUGAAUGUUCUCAUUGCGUUUGUUAAAGUUAAGUAAACAAUUUAGAAAUAAUAACUACUAUUACUACUAUGACCUUACAUGUUAUUUUUAUGGCCCAGCAAUGCCUGAUGAUUUCUGGGUACGGUACUUAUGUAAAUAAUUUUUUAAAUUGAAAUAUGUCAUUUCAUGCUAAUUAUUAUUUUAUUUUUUUUUAAAUAUAAUCUUUUUCUACUUUCUAGUAAUUUCUAGAUGUAAUGUAUUUGUUUUUACGUAUAACGUAAAGUGUAAUUUUGCCAAAUUCAAUAUUUCUCAAUUUCCACGAAAUGAAAAUUACUAGCAAAUGUAGUUAGGAUAGUGUAUUCAAAUCACAUAAAUAGGGUUUAAGCAUAAAUGCAAAUCUAGCUAUAGGCAGAGCUAACAGGUUGGUGACAAAUUUCUUUCUUGAAAAUGCAUUUUAGUAGUUUAAAUACAGAUGACACCUUAAUCUAUAUAUAAAAAAAACUAUGUCUAUUGAAACUGCUUAGUACCAUUUAGCCCCUUGAUUUAGCUUUUCUCUCUCUCUCAAAUGGUGCAGCUGGACAGUGGGUUUGUAGUGCAUUGAUCUGGAAGUCAUGUCAUUAACUAUAUUUUUGCACCACAUGAAGUUCAUUGAUUGACCUUUCCCAAGGAUUUAAUGUUUAUUAGAACAAGCUUGUCAGGCACAUGUUAGGAACCUUGAUAAAGCUAUGAGGAUAUCAUACCCUAAUCUCCCUUAUGGGCAAUCAUAAGUUUCAUGGUCGGGAAGAGUGUUAAGGCCAUAAAUAUAGCAACCCAACAUUGUGUUCAUUAGGAAAUGGUGUCCAUGAGCCAAAGCACCCCCCACCCCAGGUCCCCUAUCAGGCUGCAAAGUGGCAUGUUGGAGAUUCUUCCUGAUACAACAGUCCCUGCCUGUACUUCACUCAAUUGACUAGUCUCACUGGGGCCGUUUCAGCCUAAGGACAAAAGGUCAGUGAUGUUGCCUUCACAACACUGAAAUUUUCUUUCCCAUAUACGUCUUUUAAUACUAUCUCUCCAUGUCCAUCCUGGACAAGUGUCACUCCCUCUGAUAGGGUUUUCUACAGUGGAUUUCUACCUCGCAAAUAGGAACAACCUUAUAAUAAAGAUGAGUGGGGCAUACAUGCAGAUGCCUACACCUAUUUUUUUUUUUUUUAAAGAAUCAUUGUUACGUUCUUAAUAAUAACAAAUAACAAAUGAAACAGGAAGAAUUUAGGUCACCACAUGAGUAAAUAUUUUAUUUCAUUUCCACAAAUCUCUCUCAUUACCAAGGGACUCCUUGUUUUGUUCAAUAAAAAAUUUAAUUCUCCAGGUCAUUAGUCAUUUUUCUCUUUUCACCAAUGGUAAUGUUGCUUUUUACUUGAUCACUGGGACUUUUUAACCUAACAAAUAAAAAAUGUUUAUGUCAAUGCAUAUGUAAGGGCCAAUAGUAUUGGCAAUGAAAGAUUACUUUUAAAAAAUAAUUUUUUAAAGUCUUUGUUAGACUUAGACUGAUCAUCAACAUUUUACAGAUUAAAGUUGUAUACCUUUACAAACAAAGGUUUCUCUUUUAUUCCAUAUUUUUGUUUCUCUACAGACUAUUCAUGCUUUACUAGUUGACCAUACUAAAACACUCUCACGACUUUCUCCAUCAAAUAAAUUAUAACCUUUUCACAAAAAUUACUGAUACCAGAAGGACAUACAAAAAGAAAAUACAGUGAAACCUCUCAUAAUGAGUUUAAUUCAUUCCAGACUCUUACUCGUUAAGCGAAACACUCAUUAAAUGAAACAAUUUUUCCCAUACAAAUCAAUGUAAAAUACGAUAAUGCUGAAAAAAUACUAAUUUUUCAAAAAAUUGUAUUAACAUUUAUUCAAAUAAAACUACUUAUGAAUUGUUAAGGA